AAGGAAUUUAAACAAAAGUUAUCUGGAUGAAAAAAGAAAAGGAAUAUUGGAGGGGAGGCGUGAUCUAGCAGGAGAAUGAGACGCGACCAGGUCAGGUUGUUUCUGACUUUGUUCUGAUAACAAAUUCACAUUCAUUCAUAUCCAACCAUUCAUUCAUUCAUUCAUUCUCAUUCACCUAUCCAACUAUGUCUUCCGUCUUAGAGGGAUGUAGGGAGCACUUGUUGGAUGUGGAGGAGCAGCACUAUGAUGAGGAAGAAGAUUUGAAGAGGAAACCUAAAUUCCAGAUUCAAAAUCUCAGGAAACUAUCCGAUGAUGGAAAAAUUCAUAUACUGAAUGGCAUCACCCUUGACAUCCCAAAGGGUGUUAUUGUUGGGAUCAUUGGUCCCAGUGGUAGCGGCAAGUCAACCCUUUUGAGAGCCUUGAACCGUCUCUGGGAGCCACCUUCCUCCUCCGUCUUCCUCGAUGCUCAAGACAUCUGCCACCUCGAUGUCCUUUCCCUCCGCCGUAAGGUCGCCAUGCUCUUUCAGCUCCCUGCCCUUUUUGAAGGGACAGUUGCGGAGAAUGUGAGGUAUGGUCCACAACUGAGAGGAAUAAAGCUAACGGACGAUGAUGUGAGUAAGUUGCUUUUAAUGGCGGAUCUGGAUGCUUCUUUCAUGGAUAAGUCUGGUGCUGACCUCUCUGUUGGUCAGGCUCAAAGAGUUGCACUUGCCAGGACUCUAGCUAACCAACCUGAGGUUUUGCUACUGGAUGAGCCUACUAGUGCAUUAGAUCCAAUAUCCACAGAAAACAUAGAAGCUGCGCUGAUGAAAUUGAACAAGAGUCAGGGCAUGACACUCAUCAUGGUUUCACAUAGCAUCAAACAAAUCCAGAGGAUGGCUCACGUUGUGUGCUUGCUUGUUGAUGGUCAAAUUGUGGAAGUUCUUAAACCUCAUCAACUAUCUCAAGCUAAGCAUCCCAUGGCACGGAGGUUUCUUGAACUCAGUAAUUAAUUAAGCUCACUCUUGUAUUGUCUUCACUUGUGUUGUGGGCUAUAUUUUAUUCUUGCUGCUUGCUUUAUCAUCAGCUACGUAUGUUGAGCUGAUCCUCAUAAAUAUCACUCAAUGGAUCGACUUUCGUUAUUUAUUUUGUAUGUAGUUGCUUUCGAGGCAUGUUUGAGGUUUUUUUUACUUUAUAUCAUCUUGAAAUUCUCCAU